AUGAAGCUGGUUAACUUUUUGAAGAAGCUGCGUAAUGAGCAGGUUACCAUAGAGCUGAAAAAUGGUACCACCGUUUGGGGUACUCUUCAAUCAGUAUCGCCACAAAUGAAUGCCAUCUUAACGGACGUUAAAUUGACGUUGCCCCAGCCUCAACUAAAUAAACUGAACAGUAAUGGCAUUGCUAUGUCCAGCUUAUAUUUAACUGGAGGCCAACAAGCUUCUACAAGCGAUAAUAUAGCAAGUCUGCAAUAUAUUAAUAUCAGAGGCAAUACCAUAAGACAGAUAAUUUUACCAGAUUCAUUGAACCUAGACUCGCUAUUGGUUGACCAAAAACAACUAAAUUCUUUAAGGAGAUCGGGUCAAAUUGCGAAUGACCCUAACAAAAAGAGAAGGCGUGACUUUGGUGCACCAGCAAAUAAAAGGCCAAGAAGAGGUCUAUGA